AUGCAGACAGGGGCACCUCAGGCCCCUAAUGCUCAACCUGGAAUGCAAUUCUUUCAGCCUGCUACUGCCGCUCAGACGAUGCCACUGGGUUUCUCCUACCCGCCAAUGUGGUUCAACCCGAAUAUGCCUGCACCAAUCGCCCCCGAAGCCUCUCGACCGGCCAGUCAGAUCGCUCCUCCCGCUGUUAAUCCGGAUAGACCUACGGAUUACCAGCUCUUGGACAACAGAAUAAGGGCCAUUGAGGGCUUCUCUUCUUUCGGCAUAGACGCUCGAGACCUCUGCUUGGUCCCGAACGUGGUGUUGCCCCAAAAGUUCAAGGUGCCCGACCACCCCAAGUACAAAGGCCUUAGCUGUCCCCACAGUCAUCUCACUAUGUACUACAGGAAGAUGGCUUCACAUAUUGAUAAUGGCAACCUCCUGAUUCAUUGCUUCCAAGAUAGGCUGACUGGGGCUUCAUUGGAUUGGUACAUGAGUUUGGAGCGCUCGAAGAUUCGGUCAUGGAGGGAUCUCUCCGAGGCAUUUUUGAAACAGUAUAAGUACAACCUUGACAUGGCUCCAACAAGGCUUCAGUUACAGAACCAGUCUCAAAGAUCUAAUGAAACCUUCAAGGAGUAUGCUCAACAUUGGCACGAAAUGGCGUCUAGGGUUCGACCAGCACUAUCUGACAACGAGUUGGUCGACAUCUUCAUGGGUACGCUGCAAGGGUUGUAUUUUGAGAAGAUGAUUGGCAGUUCAUCAACAAACUUCGCUAACAUGGUUACUAUUGGGGAACAUGUUGAGAGCGGGCUGAAAUUCGGGAAAAUAGCAGACACGACCACACCACAGACAAUCAACAAGAGACCGCAUGGGGGCUUCGCAAAGGAGAAGGAGGGGGAAGCAAACGCUGUGACGGCGAGGGCUCACCCCCGAUAUCGAGUUCCGACAGCCCCUAUGUCAUAUUAUCCAUAUCCAUACGUAGCCGCAGCUCAAUACCAACAGCCGUCUUUCCAGUAUCAACCGCAGAAAGAUAAUCAACAAUUAACACCCACUCAGAGAAAUCCAAACCAACAGUAUAAUCGAGCACAGAACCGAGGAAACAAUUUUGGGAACCGGCCCCAAAUUGACAAGAUUCUGGUGCCGUACUUCGAAUUAAUCCCCUAUCUAGUUCAUGUAGGAGCGAUCAUACCAAAGGAAUUGCCCGCAGCCACUCCUCCAUUCCGCGCCAACCACGAUCCUAAUGCUUCGUGCGCGUAUCAUGCCGGAUUCAUAGGGCACUCUACAGAAAAUUGUUGGGCACUUAAAUGCAAGAUUCAAGACUUGAUCAACCAGAACAUCCUAACCUUCUCCGAAGAAAAACCGAAUGUAAAGACAAAUCCUUUUCCAAAUCAUAGUAGCGCGUUAGUCAACGCCGUGAUUGAAGAGGUAAAUCCCGAAGUCAUACUGAAAGUUGAAGAGAUGAAGACUCUGAUGUCCGUUGUAUUACAAAAGCUUGAACAAUUUAGGUUUUUAGAAGAGAUGCAUGAUGAUUGUACAAUAUGCGAGUUCGAUCCAUAUAUUCGCGAGCAGUUGAGAGGGUGCGUGCAGGCACUAAUGGACCAAGGGUUAAUACAGUUCUCCAGAUCUCAAGCAGCAGAAGAGGUGGAAGUGAUUGAACCGAUAACAAUUGUAUAUAGGAAGAAGAAGGUUGAAGCUUCUCCCAAGAGGAUUCAGCCGAUUCAUUUCUGUGUUCCAACUCCGUUUCCGUAUCAGAAUACCAAGGAAGUGCCUUGGAAUUAUGAGACCAUAGUGUAUUUGGGAGGGAAAGAAAUUUGA